CUCAUUUCAUAUCAGCUCAGAUCCUCAGAGAAGAACGUAGCAUUUUCAGCACACACCCGCCAUGGACAGGACUUCUCGACUGCUGUGUGUGUGAGGUUGACAGAACCGGCCGAGUUCUCGCAGGACGGAAUGAGAAGGAGGAACCAGUGAGCUGCAGGCCGGAGCAGUCGACCGUCUGGCUGGAAACAACAAUCCCCAGAGGUUUUUAGAUCUCCCAGAACCCCCCCCCCCCAUCAUGAUUGAUGACAGAACAAAUGGAGAGAAAUAAGAAAACUGCUCUGCUGGUUCUUCUCGCUGUGCUUCAAGUCCUCAGCGUCAGGAUGCUGGAUUGUCCCGACCAGCCGGAUCAAAAUCUCACCUGCCACACUGACUACAACCAUUCCAUCACUUGUGUGUGGAGCAGUGCGUAUGAGCACAGGGAGGCUCUGUGCACACUUCACGCCAAAAGGUUAACUGAUAAGCCAAAUAGUCAUGCAUACAACGCUUCCUGUGACCUGGAGCCGGCUCAUGUGUCCGGACCGGCGCUGAGGAAGUGCACCUUGGACUUUAAAACAAGUUACAAGUUCCUGUCCUUUCACAUCCUGUCCAUAAACCUGGAGUGUGCCCCUGCAAAGCAGAUUUUGACCAUCUCCUUCAAGCCAAGCUGCCACAUCAAGCUGCAUCCUCCAGGUGAACCGGGAAUCAACGGCACCACCGCUUCCUGGAUCUCUGAAGUGGAGGAGAGCCCAAGGUUCAUUGCUUACACCGGCCAGCUGCAGUGGAAAAGAUGGGAUCAGUCAUGGAGUGAUCCCUCCAUGCAGACUAAGCAGACAAAAAGCAAAAGCUGUGGUCAGGAGUGCACGGCUCAGCUGGACGAUGAGACGCUCGCACUCGGAGAGAAGCACGAGGCACGUGUUCGAGUGAAGCCUGAUGUGGGUUCGGGCGUGUCAACGUGGAGUGAAUGGAGCCCUCCUGCAUCGUGGGUGUCCCCUGUGGGAAUCACAAGACCACCAUCACAACUAUUAUCAAGUUUAACUGGAGGCAUAUUGGCCGUGAUCAGCGGGGGGGCAGCGCUGGCCUCGAUUCUGGCCGUCAUCCUCUUUAGGACUGAAAAAGCCUCUUGGGUUUACGAGAAGAUGAGAGGUCCAGACCCUGGAAAGUCCUUCCUUAAAGAUGUCAACUUCCAGAACUGGUUGAGCCCUCACCUGGCAAACGAGUCCUUCCUCUCCUCCAGGAAAGUGGAGGAUAUCUCCUCUGUGGAGAUGGUCUCCUCCGUGGAUGCUGCCACACUAUGCAGCAAAGAGGUGGCUCUGCUGGCGAAGAUGAGAAGUGAGAGCAUCUGCCAGUUGAACAGCUCCAUAUUUCUGAACCCAAGUUACUCCCACCUCUGUCCUCCUCCACCUUUCCCCCUGCCCUCUGCCUGUGAUGCACCUCAUGGCGCUCGUCACAGUCUGGGUGACGGCAGGAAUGCGGAACAGGUUAGAGAGGAGGAAAGAAUGAAAGAACUGGAAAUGCUACAGCUUCUUUCCAAAGGCAACAGCAGCAGUGAGCCAUUGCCAGUCGUUUCGGACUAUGAGAAGGUUGAGAAGCUCCAGGUGGAAUGCUUGAGGCUCCAGAGACUAGACUCAGGGAUGUGCAGUAGUGAAGAGAUCAGUCAAGAGAUUCUGGAGGCCGAUAACAUCAGUGCCAAUGAGAGUCAUGACAAAGCACCGGAGGAGAAACAGGGAGGAAUCGGACCAGUCGAUUUUCAGAAACUGUUUGGAGGCAGUGGAAGCGUUUUUGGCAAAGGGUCAAUUCAGGUUUGUUCCGACUACGAGCAAGUGCAGAGGCUGCAGCCGGAGAGCCCGGAGCUCCCCAGCCAGGAUUCAGGGGUUAGCAGCGGGGGAGAGGAGCGGGCGAGCCACGAUGAGAGCCUGGAAGACGAAGACAAGUCCAGCGAAUCCACACACUUCCUGUUUCCUCCUCCUCUCGCAUCAAGUGCUCUGCCACGUUCAGGGAUUUCUUUCCCACAACAGUUCUCUGGUUUUAGUCCAAGUCCAAGUCUCAGACCCUCCGGUGAGGGAUACAUGCCGGCGAGGACAGGAACCGUGUUGAACAUAAACUGAAAACUUUUCAUCCAUCAACAUGAAAUGUGCAGCACUCGAUGACAGCUGGAGACGUUUAGCUCGUGCAAGUUCUCAAUAGUUCAGCCGAUUGCAGAAAUCAAACGUUUGACUGUCCCAGAUGAAGAACGUAGCAGGAAACUUCUACAGUCACACUUUGCACGAUGUGUUCCAACAACUGACUCGGAUGUUUGUGCUCUCCAGCUUAUUUCAGAUGAGAUUACCCAGAGUUCAGUGCAGGUGUCAAAGCAACACAUGUCACAACGUAUCGUAGAUUUACGAAGUGAGCGAUGUCCUUCAUUGAAGGGAUGACCCUCUUUUUGAAAAAUGAAAGAAGCUUAUUUUCAGUCUAUUUAAUGUUUUUUUACUGUGUUUCUAUAAACUUCUGAAAAAUGACAACUUUAUGUGAAUGGGUUUUUAUGAUAUUAUGAGAGUCUGUAUGAUAAUUUAAACAGCCGAUUUAUUUCAUGGAUAUACAUCAGUGGCUGGUUUACCAGUGAUGUAUUUAAAUAACAUACACAGCUUUAAUGCUGUGUAUGUUAUUUAAAUGCUGCAAAUGAAGCUCCUAUAGUUAGGGCCCGAGCACCUCCGAUGGGAGGCCCUAUUGAAAUUGCAGGGAUUAUUCUGAGCUUUUUUCAACGUGGUCAAAAAGUUUUAAUUUUGGUUGUAUUUGUGUGUUUUUUUAAUAUAUAUAUAUGUAUUUAUAAUAAAGGAUAUGAUUAAAAAGUAAAGCAUCAA